UUACAGAUUUCAUUUUUCUUGGCUGUGAUAUGGGGAUGUGCAUUGAUUUAUUUUUUAUUUAGUGAAGUUAUGUAUUCACCUGCGUAUGCCUCACCAUUUGUACUUGUUUCAUUCAUGACAUUUUACCUUUUCAAUCCAUUCAAUUUUGGUCAUGCAAGAGCACGUCGUUGGCUAUUACGUAUAUUGGGACGGAUAUUCAGAGCUCCAUUUGCUCAAGUGUCUUUCGCAGAUUUCUGGCUUGCAGAUCAAUUAAAUAGUUUGAAUUUUAUAUUUCCAGAUAUAGCUUAUUUUAUUUGCUUUUAUUCAUCCCAAAUUGACUGGGCCAAUGGGAUGAGUUAUAUACCACCGGUAACAAUGUCAUCAUCAUCACCAAUUUCACUGGUCAUAGCGCCUGCUAGUGAACAUUCUAAUUUUACAAGUUCAACUCUUCCUACCUGUGCUUUCAAUUCAGAUAAAAUUAUAGCUGAUAGUUGCCGGUGUGAAGGAUUAUUAUUUGGUUUAGAUCCAAUUUUGAGGAUAUUGCCUGCAUGGUUUCGUUUUGCCCAGUGUUUAAGGCGUUAUCGAGAUAUGGAUGUAAAGAAAGCAAAUCCUCACUUACUGAAUGCUGGUAAAUAUUCUACAACAUUUCUGGUAGCAUCCUGUGGUGUUUGGUUGGCGAUUGAUAAAGACGGCACGUUUCCACUAGUAGCAUAUGUUAUUUCCAGUUUUAUUCGAUCCAGUUAUACAUACGCUUGGGAUAUUUUAAUGGAUUGGGGUCUGUUAGACUGUCAAUCAGAAAAUAAUUUACUACGUGAUGAACUAGUCUACAGAUAUAAAGCUUAUUAUUUCAUUGCAAUUGCUGAAGAUUUAAUAUUUCGUUUAACUUGGAUUAUUCGUUUAUUCUUUCUACGUUAUGGAUAUGAUAGAAUGGAGAUAAUUGUUACAAUAUUGUAUACGCUUGAAGUUAUUCGACGUUUUAUAUGGAAUUUCUUUCGAUUGGAAAAUGAACACUUGAAUAAUUGUGGUCAAUUCAGAGCAGUUCGUGAUAUAUUUAUUACACCUUUACCUAAAAGACCACCUCGAACAUCAUCUCUAACAACAUUUGAAAAUCCUAAUUCACAUAAUUCUGGUAUUUCAAAAUUUAUUCGUUCAAAUCUUACCUCAAAAAAUGCAGUUCAACUGCUUGCCUACUCUCCAGUCGCUGGACGCAGGAGUGUACCUGAUUUGUUAGGAGAAAAAACUUUUGAUCCAUCGCAUAAAACUAGUCAUUUCCAAGCAUGUGAUGGAUUAGUUAAUCAAAGAAGAAUUGGUGUUGUCGAAUCUGAGUAUGAACCCUCGCCCACGCUUAAAAUGCCGUCAGAAAAUGAGGAAAUAUUACCAGAUACAAUGUAUAAAAAUCCCAUACAUCGAAUUUGGAAACAAUUGAAGUCUUUAGGGAAAGAGUCAACAAAAAAUGUAAAGCAGUGUAAUUAUGAAAUGUCAUCUGUUGAAUGUACAAAUAAUCUCUGUCCUAAUAAACCAACAUUCACCUUAUUUAUUGAUAGUGAAGAUGUUCAUCAUACUCCAGAGCAUUCACCUGCUCUGUUCUGUUCUGGAGAAAGGAAUUUUUCAUCCUCUCAGAGAUCACCGGAUAUAGUAAUAAACCAACCAAAAUUAAAUCUUUCUGGAGUUUCAAAGCCUCGUGUUUUUGUAAGAGAUAAACGUGUGCUAAUAUUAGAUCGUCAAACAGAUAAGGAAUGGGGAGAACCUUAUGAAAAAUGUAAACUUGAUAAAUGUAAAGUUACAAUAAAUGAUUACCCAAUGCCAUCGUCAUCAUCAUCAUCAAAAACUUCAAUCAUGAAGUCGAGUACCUCUCAACAGCCUGUGGAUCAACACUGUGAUAAUGAUAAUGAUGAUAGGGAUCCUGGAAAUAGCUUCAAUAUCAACACAAAUUUAGACUCUCCAGUAUUAAAGCGUAAUUCAUCAACCAUUGAAGGCUUACAUCAUUCAAAUACAUCAACUACAUUUGUAAGCCAAGAUAAUUUAAACCUUGAUGAAUUAGGCACUGAUGUAUUAAAUCCAAAUAAUACUGUAAGUGGUGAACAUAAAACAAAUAGUGUUCCAGUGAAUGUUGGGGUUGAAGAUCAAUGGAAAUGUUCUAUACCGAUUGCAACUAUUUCUGAUUGUGAAUCUACUAAUAUUUCUUCGAAUAAACUGUGAUUGUAUAAUUAUAUCACAGCACCACAAUAAGCUGACAAAUACCAGUGCAAAACGUUUAGCAUAAUAUAUUCACAUUUACACAGAAGGCAAUAAUUUCUGCAAUUUUCUUCUCCCCUCAAUUUAUGAAUUAUCUUACAUCACCUUUAAUUUUAUCAGUAGAAUAUUUAUUAGUCUGUAUCUGGAGAAAAUGAGAAAUUAUAUAUAUACGUGUAGAUGGAUGGAUGGAUGGAUGAAGUGAACUCAGCCUUUCUUUUUUUUAUCUUAAGUUAUAAAUUUUCUAUUAGAAAAUAAAAACAAAUGAUUAUAUUUUGAAAUUUAAUUAAUAUUGUUAUUAUUAGUAUUAUUAUUACCAUUGUUAUUACUAUUACGAUGGUCCUCUUUUAUUUUUCUUUCAUAUAUAUAUAUAUAUAUAUAUA